AUUAUGUUCAAUAACAAAAAAAAAAACCUCUAAAAAAAUUAUUUUAUAUCUUAAAAGAUUUAAUAGAAUUGUUUUAUACUCUCAAAUAUAAAACUUCUUGCAUUACAAGCAAAGACUGCAGAAUUUCUUUUGUUAUUCUGGCUAGCGUAGGAUUCUCCCAAAAUUCAACACGACAAAUCUGACAAACGUAAAAAGAAUUCCCGCCGCGUACGAAAAGUCGGUCACACAAAUCCAGUGAAUAUGAUCACUUAGUCCUGUUCAUCGUUAAACUGGCACAAGAACAACGAACCCUCGAGAAUUUAUUAGUGAAAUCAGAAGAGUAGAGAACUAAUCUUUUUGAAGUUUGGGAGGGAGGAUAAUUAGAUUCAGAUUCAAUUGAUCGGCGAAAAUGAAGACCAAAGGCAAACUGGUGAUCGGAGGUAGUUGGAGGAGCUUAGGGUUACCUGCUGUCUUCCUCUUAUGCCUCUUCUUCUUCCUCGCUGGCUUUCUCGGUUCCAUCCUUUUCUCUAACCAGGAUGUAUCUAGUGCACGCCCAAGACCGAUGGAGCUGAAAUCAGUGGAAGAGGGGAGAGAGUUUGAUCCGCUGCCUCACGGCGGGACCGGAGAAGAUUCCCUAACUUCGAUCCCUUUUCAGGUUUUAAGCUGGAAACCACGUGCGUUAUACUUCCCCAAUUUUGUAACUGCCGAACAAUGCCAAAGCAUAAUUAAGGCGGCGAAGGUUCACCUCGCACCAUCAUCCUUAGCUUUACGAAAGGGAGAAACAGCAGAGAAUACCAAGGGAAUUAGAACAAGUUCUGGCAUGUUUAUAAGUGCAUCAGAAGACAAAACUGGGAUUUUGGAUUUUGUUGAGGAGAAAAUUGCAAAGGCGACAAUGAUUCCCAGGAUCCAUGGAGAGGCAUUCAAUAUCUUACGAUACGAGAUUGGUCAGAGGUAUAAUUGUCAUUAUGAUGCAUUCAACCCUGCGGAGUACGGCCCACAGAAAAGCCAAAGGAUUGCUUCUUUUUUGUUGUAUUUAUCUGAUGUUGAAGAAGGUGGGGAGACCAUGUUCCCAUUUGAGAAUGGAUUGAACAUGGAUGCUAACUAUGAUUUCCGCAAGUGUAUUGGUUUGAAAGUAAAGCCACGCAGAGGGGAUGGACUUCUAUUUUAUUCACUAUUUCCAAAUGGUACAAUUGAUGCGACAUCACUUCAUGGCAGCUGUCCAGUAAUCAAAGGGCAGAAAUGGGUGGCAACAAAGUGGAUAAGGGACGAAGAACAGAAUGAUUAAUAUCGGUACAUGGGGAACAAAAUGUAUUGUCGGGGCUAUUCUUUUUUUUUAAGAGAUUCAUUAAUAAUAUAGUCCAUAUGCCAAAAAAGAUGUAGAUGGAUUCCCUUGCAAACAAGGUCGCUCACGUACCAUCAAACGAGCUUCGACAAACCCAAUAGACCCCGCGGCAUAAUGAGAAUUUCUUCCGUCGCCAUUUUUGGUUAUUCAAACAAAACCGUAUUGUUUUUCAUAUCGAAAAAUCAGAUAAGAAUGUUUAUUCAAUGCUCUGGUUGAUAAGAAGAAUAGAAAAUAAAAAAC